CAGCGCCCAGCGUGUGCAGGUGUGCUUCAUACUCCUGGAGAGUCCCCGUGUGCCCUGAUGCUUUGCUUGGUGUGAAUUAUAAUAAGUACAUCUCUUUUUUAAAAUAAAAAAACUGGAUCAUGACCUAUAAAAUGAUUCAAGUGGCCCUGUGUUCAACAUUGCUUAUAGGAGCAUUGGGAGCACCAUUUUUGUUGGAAGACCCAGCAAACCAGUUCCUACAUUUCAAAAGACACAUAUAUUUGCAGGAUUACUGGAACCCAGAUCACAGCCCGAAAACGUGGGAAAACACACUGGCUGAUCAGGUUUAUGAAACAUGGACUGCUUUGAGAACAACAGCACAGUAUUAUCUGAAUGGGGAUACCUUCACCUCUGACAUGUCUACUGCCCAGUAAAUGUGCUUUGCUGGUUAAGCCAGGACUGCAAAAAUGGUGGGAAUCAGCACGGCAAUGCACCAAAACCAAGGACUUCAGCGAGGUCCUUGGCAAAUGCUUGUCCUUUACUAGAUUAUUUAUUACACCUGUCUCAUAGAGAUGUUGAACAAAAGUAAAUAUAAAAAUUUAUCCGCUACCUAGAAUUUGAAGUUUUCCAUAAGUGGUAGAUAACAUGAGAACUAAAAUAAAAAAGACUGUAGUACACGAAAGUAGUAACAUUUACCAAAAAGGGCUUUUAUGAAAAAAAUAACCUUUUUUAAAAGCACUGUCAUUAAAACUCUCUGUUCAUA